AUGGAGCGGGUGCUUUCCCUCCCAGAGCUUUUGGAGAACAUCCUCCUCCACCUCGACAUGACGACACUGCUCGUCUCCGUCCAGCGAGUUAGCAAAGCAUGGAACAAGACCAUUGCUUGCUCGCCCGCCUUGCAACGAAAGCUGUUCUUUCGGUCCAUCACUGCUGAACAGCUACCUGUAUUUCGUGAACAGCUCAUGGGAGAGGUCGAAAUGGCGGGCUCGGACUAUGAGUAUCUCGGGCCCGCGCUCACCAAGUUGGUCCUCAAUCCUCUUCUUGUCAAGAAGUUUGGCUUCUGCUUCUUCGACACUGGCCCUGCAUUUGGCUACCAUAGAGGGGCUGACUGCUUUUACAUGUUGCCAUGGAGUCCAAAUCGUCGCGAAUUGAUUACAUGGAAUCGUCGCAACAGUACUCCAUUGCUGCAGGUGGGACCACCCAAACAGCUGGACGAGGCAUCUUCUCAACUGGGAGAAACACGUAGAGCUCGCUUCACAACCAGGGGAGCUAGCUGGAGACGCAUGGUGGUAUCGCAACCAGCGCCCCCAGGUAUUGGCUACUUGACGCAAGAACUGACCCAGGAACUUCAACUACCCAACGAGCGUAUUGGGGAAGCAUUCAUCCCGGCUGUGACGCCGGGAGAGGUCCAAAUGGGCCAGCUUUACGAUAUGGUCCAGUAUCACGCAGGGCACCACAAGUCUGAAUUAGCUGAUUUCCGAGUCAUAUGGGAGCUCCCCCAGACUUUUCUAACUCAAAGUCUGCGGGAGCCCAUGCGCCAACUCCUUGGCCAGACGACCUUGCUGGUAUUAUUCGCAUUCAGCUAUCUUGCCUCUUAUACGGAACCGGAAAACGUUGUUGAUUUUGACUCAGCCUUUCGCUGCGAGGAGUUCUUACUGCCUGACUUUGUUGUGGAAAAGUCCCUACGUUUCAUGAGAGGUGAGCCAGACUGGAAGGGUAUGAUCUCACCAUCGCACAAAGGUCCUCCCAUAUACUUAUAG